AUGAAGCACGUAGAUUGGCAUAUCGACAUUACUUUAAUCACUGACGAAGAAUUGCUAAGACACCCGAUUUUUAUUCAUAAUUUCGUCAUGUGUUUGAUGUCCAUCUUCUGUAUGAGCAUGUACCUUAUACAAGGUUGGAUUUUGUUAGAUUAUUAUCUUUGGGUAAAAAAGCAAAGAGAAAUUGACGAUUCUGAAGUUACUGAUUCUGAAACGAGAACUGAUACGACAGAAGAACAAGAUGAACAAGACAGAAGACGGAAAAAAACAAGAGGACAAGAAGCACCUGGCGAACUGGAUCCAAUUCCUACAUUAGACACAUUUUCUUCUUUAAAAGUGUCGCAGACAUUAAGUAUAGAUAAAGAGGAUGUUAUAUUUUAUUGCUGCUUUGUUGAUUGGUAUAAUUACUUUAAACAGAAGAGACAAAUACAGCAGCCUUCACAUGAAUUUCAAGUAAUUCAUGUUAUGUAACUUUUAUUUGUUAAAAUAAAUUACUCUAUAGCGUGUAUAAAAUAAAAAAUUAAUUUAAAUAAAAAAUUAAUUAAAGAUAUACGUGCCUAAUUUUUAUGUUAUUAAUAAUAAUGAUAAUUUUACAAUAUAAAUAUAUAACACAAAUCAUUGACUAACUAGGAUAAACUGAACAUACAAUGUUUUUUCGUUUCCCAUAUUUUGGAAGUCACCUGCCAUUUUCCUAUCACAUCCUAUUAAUAACUGGAGUUAAAAAAAAAAACUCCUUUUGCUGUACGUUUGCACGAUGAUAAGAAAUUUUAAAUAUUUUGCAAUCGUGCAUCAAAAAAAAAAAAGGAUUUUAAUGUAAUAGAAGGGGAUGAGACAAAGAUAG